GUGUCCGAUCUUGCUCCUCAUGCGAGCGGUUCCUCCUCCACACUUUAUCGAACCAUUCUAAAAACCCCCACGCUGACGCAAAUGUACAUGCAUGGUCAAUUUUCUUCGAAUGCCCCCGAUGUUCUCCGGCAGUUCACGGCUGAGUUAAGGUUCUUCCAGACGGUUCAGCGACAUAGGAAUAUCGUAGCUUUUGUUGGAAGUCUCGAAGGUGUUGGAAUGCUCCUGGAAUACGUCGAGGGCGAGACAUUGUUUAAGUACCUUGGCCUAGGGAUGUCCAUGAGCACUCGUGCCGAUUGGUUCAAUCAGAUACUCAAUGGUCUGUGCCAUGUUCAUUCGUUUGGUGCGUCA